AUGACGGAAUCCACAUCGAUGCUUGUUCACUCACCGGAGAUGUCUGAUCUAAACCCUAAUCUAUUUUCGGAUUCCGAUAUGAUCUCAAUUCCUCCGCUAGAUCUUCCUUUCCUAUCUGAUCCGAUUUCAAUGGAACACCCGAUCUCCGAUCUCGACUUCUUUUUCGACGAAGAGAACGAAAAAGAAGUCGAUUUUGGGGAUAUAGAUUUCCGAUUUGAUGGUUCCGAUGAUUUCUUCGACUUUACCUUAGAUGCGGAUCUCGCGGCGGCGAUCCCAGAUGGAUUCGGGACAUCCGGAGAUCAGAUUCCAGAAGCGAUCGGAAACCAAGCGAAUCUGGACUCAUCGGAAACGAAGAACGGCGACAGAGGCUCAUCGGAAGAGCGAUCUGAUUCUGUUCAUUCUCAGGUUUCAUCUCAAGGCUCGAAGACUUUUGUCUCCGGCGCGAACGACGCGUUAUCCUCCCCUGAUUCGAGCAAUCCGCAGAAAUCUUCUGUUAGCAAGAGGAAGAAGGAGAAGGGAGACUCUGGAGGCGAAUACAGGAGCUUCAAGUACCAAAAAUCCGAUGAUAAAUCAGCCGCUACAAUCGAAGAAGACGAUGAUAAGAAGAAGGUGAGGCUGAUUAGAAACCGUGAAAGCGCACAGCUAUCGAGGUUGAGGAAGAAGCAAUACGUUGAAGAGCUUCAAGGGAAAGUGAAGAGUAUGAAUUCCACCAUUGCUGAAUUGAAUGGUAAGAUUUCUUAUGUUAUGGCUGAGAAUGCAGUUUUGAGGCAGCAAAUGGCUGUUGCUUCUGGUGCUCCUCCUAUGAAUCCUUAUAUGGCUGCACCACCAUUACCGUAUCAAUGGAUGCCAUAUCCACCUUACCCUGUCAGAGGUUAUGGAUCACAUACUCCAUUGGUUCCUAUUCCUAAAUUGGAUCCUAAGCCUGCUUCGAGUUGUAGACCGAAGAAGCAAGAGAAUAAGAAAAAUGAGGGUAAAAGCAAGAUUAAGAAGGUUGCUAGUAUUAGUUUUAUUGGGAUCUUGUUCUUUAUCUUCUUGUUUGGUACGUUGGUUCCGUUUAUGAAUGUAAACUAUGGAGGAGAGAGUGGAAGCUUUAGUGGUUUGUCUAGUUAUGAGGGUCGUCGGUAUUAUGAUGAACAUAAGGGGAGAGUUCUAAUGGUUGGUGAUGGCUCUGAUGUUAGAAGAGAAAGUGGAAUAUCUGAAGGAAAUAGCCAUUCUAGUAGGAGGAGUCAUGGUGAGAGAGAUAGUUGUGGAGAUGUAGAUUAUAAUGCUCAUCCCAAAGUAGAAGGACGACCGAGUCCGUUGAGAAAUGCUAGUGAGCCUCUAUUUGCUUCUCUCUAUGUCCCAAGGAACGAUGGUCUUGUGAAGAUUGAUGGGAACUUGAUUAUUAGUUCGGUUUUGGCGAGCGAGAAAGCAAUGGAUUCUGCUAAGAAGAGUAUCUCUGAAAAAGUAAAAAGCAAAAAACCCAAAUUCCCCGGAGCUGUUUCUUCUGCAUUAGCUGUUCCUGAGGUCAGAGGAAAUGGAGAAUUGCUUCUGCACUCACCUGAAGGGAAAAGACUUCACCAAUGGUUUCAUGAAGGUGGUUCAGGUACACUAAUGGAUUACAGCAUGUGCACCGAGGUUUUCCAGUUUGAUGUUGCUCCCGGUGCUAUAGUCCCAUCAUCUGUCUCCAACAUUACACGGGAGCAUCUCCAAAAUGUCACUACCCAUGACAAGAGAGUGAAGAACAGGAGAAUUCUCGAGGGACUUCCUGUUUCACUUGUGGCGUCUGAGCUCAACAUCACCGAUAUUCAGCCGGGCAAAGACGCUCAAAACAAGAGCUUCUCUGGGAAUACUAACAACAAACCCACACCAUCUUCCUCCAUGGUUGUCUCAGUGUUGCUUGAUCCAAGAGAGAUCGUUGACUCUGAAACUGACAGAGUCAUUCCCCCAAACCCGAAAUCACUUUCCCGGAUCUUCGUGGUGGUGCUUCUCGACAGUGUCAAGUAUGUUACCUACUCAUGCGUUCUUCCCCGGACAGGUCUCCAUCUCGUGGCCACCUGA